GGCUAUCUCCUCCUGCACCCCAACUCUGAGCCCUGAGCUGCCACUCUCUCUCCAGGCCAUGGCAGGCUCCGAGACCAUUGCAGCCAGCCUCCUGCUCCUGGCCCUUUGCAGUCACUGCAUCAUGCCCACAGACUCUGUGGUCAUCCCCUCUUCCUGUUGCAUAAACUUUGUUUCCAAGAAAAUCCCUGAAAGCCGGGUGGCGAGCUACCAGUUGUCCAGCAGGAGCGUCUGUUCUAAGGCAGGGGUGAUCUUCACCACCAGGAGCGGCCAGAAGUUCUGUGGCGACCCCAAGCAGCCGUGGGUGCAGAGGUACAUGAGGAACUUGGAUGCCAAGCGAAAGCAGCUCUCCCCGCAGGUCCGGGCUGUGGGUGGCAAGGUCCCGGUGCACAGAUGCCGCAGUAGCAGCACCACCCUCUAGUCUCUGUCUGCCCUCUUGCCCCUCACAUGCUCCUUGGGUCCAGGGGUGAGUCAGAGGGAAAGGGCAAGAGCUGAUUUUCCGGCAGUGAGUCUCACUCUCAGGGAACUUGUCCAGUGUGUGAAAGCCCAGAGGGAACAGGCUGCCCCCUGGGGGAGAAAGGGCAGUGGCAGCCCUUCUAGUGCCCCCAUCCCCACGCCUGUGGCGCAUCCUGCCUGGGUUGCAGCCUGCAGCUCGCUCUGAUGGUCGCUGGAGUGCUACAGUGGGCCUGAGGCCAUCUGUCCGUCCUUUGGGGAUGGUGACCUGUCCACAGCAGCCGCUCCCCGGCACGGUGGGGGUGACCCAGGCUGCUCCCACCUCCAGGGCUUCGAGUUAACAAAAACCCCACCAAACCAGGAGACCUCUCUGUAGCUUGAUUCUGAUCUUCCUUGGGAACCUUCCAAAUUGUCAGGAAUUUUGUAAAGAAAAGAAUUUGCGGGGGCAGCAUCUUGGUAUGUAGUUCAAGCUGGCCUGGAACUCGCCAGCCUGGGUGGUUACGUCUCUGUGAAGAUGGGGCUUCAAGGAGAUUUCUGCUUAGUGACAGUGCUUGCUCCUGGCUUCUUUGAGGACAAAGACCUGCUCUGCCUUCACUACUGAGC